GUCGCGUAGAGUAACGAGGAAACAACGUCAGCGCUGCUAGUCCGGUCCUUUUGAAAAAGCUCGACAUGAGUCUGAACGAGCACUCACUGCAAGCUCUCUCCUGGAGGAAGCUCUACCUGAGCCGAGCUAAACUCAAGGCUUCCAGCCGGACAUCAGCUCUGCUCUCUGGAUUUGCUAUGGUAGCCAUGGUAGAAGUGCAGCUGGACAACAGCUAUCCUUAUCCACCUGCUCUCCUUAUCGCCUUCAGUGCCUGUACCACUGUGCUCGUGGCCGUCCACCUGUUCGCUCUAAUGGUUAGUACCUGCAUCCUGCCCAACAUAGAGGCUGUCAGCAACGUCCACAACCUCAACUCUGUGAAGGAGUCACCGCAUGAGCGAAUGCACCGGCACAUUGAACUGGCGUGGGCUUUUUCUACUGUUAUUGGUACUUUACUCUUCCUAGCUGAGGUGGUUCUACUCUGCUGGGUCAAAUUUUUGCCUGUGAAGCCCAACAAGUCCAGCAAUAACACAGUUUCAUCGGGUGUGGCUGCUGCUAUUACCUCCACCUCUAUUAUGGUGCCCUUUGGAUUAGUGUUCAUAGUCUUUGCUGUGCAUUUCUAUCGCUCCUUGGUCAGCCACAAAACUGACAGACAGUUUCAGGAGCUGGAGGAGUUAUCUAAUCUCACCAGACUACAGAACGAGCUGGACAACAGAGGGGAAUCUUCCAUCUUGCAGUCUCCAAGCUCGCAUUUCCCAUAGACAACUACGGUAGAUGCAUAUUGCUGUUGGUACUCUAACACUUUGGGACUUCUUCAAGCCAGAUCAGCAACAUUAUUGGCCUCUGAUUUUUUUUUUUUUUUUUUUUUUUUACAGGAAUGAAGAUUUCUCGGCUCUUUAUUGUGAGUUUUACCUCUGUCAAAAGAGUUGUUUUUAUAGACAUGUUAUUUGAUCAACUGUGAACUCACCAAUCUGCCGUAAUGCAUGUAACUUGAAAUUAGGAAGUCUUAACUGUGGUAAUUGCUUGAUUGGUCUCUUAAAUCAUUGCAGAGACACAUGAACAAUAACCUGGAAUCCUGUCUGUUGCCUGCUGCAUUUAUUUACACAUUUGUCAGUGAACACUGCAUUUGUUAGUGUAUUUCUCUAUUGUGUUUUGUGAACCACAAGUAUUUAACUCAUUCUUCUGUAUUCACUGUGCAGAUGAUUUAUCGUAAUCUUCAACAUUUGUAUUUCUACUCCCUGCUGUGUAUGUUGACCGAGACGACAGCUGACAAAACAACAGUAUUAUCAGAUUAUAUUUGCUGACAUCUGUAGCACAGACUGUGUUAUUAAAUAAAAGUUUUCUUUUUUUUUACUAAGUGGCAUUCAAAGUGUCAGAGUUUUGAGAAUAAUUUGGAUU